AUGCCAAAGGCGUCACAACCCUGCACAAAGGUCUGGCCGUUUUUGCACACGUUUGUCUGGGCGCAGCCGAAGAGCACACUGCUGGAGAGGUCAUGCAUACUCGCCACGCACUUGGGCCGGCUAUGCACCAAUUCGCCGUACAUCACGCAGAGCCAUCUGCAAAUGACCUUUCUGACCGGCCAGGCCUGGUAUCUCUCGGCGAACUUCCCAGGCGCAGACCUGCUGGUGGCCGUGUGGCAAGGCCCUGGUCGAUCGAUGACUGCGUUGCUCGUGCAGGUCAAGUGCAAGGAAGAACCGAGCACGGCGACGAAACGCACACAGGUAGAGGCUCGCGCGGCGUUGAUCUCCGGCUGA